GGCUUAUCAUGUGUGUGUCGUAGUGGAGGUGUCACAGUGCAGUAUGUCCAGUAUCAACAGCUUCACAGUAAGUGUUAAAACUACCAGAACAGCAGCAGCGGUGGUGGGACUGCAGAUGUUGGACUAAUUGUGCUCCAUAGUAGUUAAACGCCAUGGUUCUGAACAUCCCUGGUGUGGUUGUGGUGGUGCUGUUCUACAUCCUUAUUCUGGGAACAGGAGUGUGGGCUGCCCAAAGGUCCAGAAAGGCUGAGAGGAAGAGCCAUGGAAACAGGACCGAAGUGGUGCUCCUCGGAGGCAGAAAUAUCUCCUUGGCUGUUGGGAUUUUCACCAUGACUGCUACAUGGGUUGGUGGUGGUUUUAUCCUGGGUGUGGCAGAGGCGGUGUCCUCUCCUAAAAUGGGUUUAAUAUGGGCCCUUAUGCCCAUACAAUACUCAGUGUCAUUCAUAAUAGGUGGUCUUUUCUUUGCCAAGCCAAUGAGGGACAAGAGGUACAUCACCAUGAUGGACCCAUUCCAGAUAAAGUAUGGCAAAGUACUGAGUGGUGCUCUGGUGCUGCCUGCUUUACUGGCAGAUGUGCUGUGGGUGUCUUGCACUCUGCUUGGCUUGGGAGCGACGAUGAGCGUGAUACUGGACUUGCCUUACUCCUACUCCGCAUGGAUCUCGUCAGCCGUGGCCAUCAUCUACACUUUGUUAGGAGGCCUUUAUUCAGUGGCCUACACUGACGUCAUCCAGCUCUCUCUAGUGUUCUUCAGUCUGUGGUUGUGUAUCCCCUUCCUUCUGCUCAACCCCCAUUCUACAAACAUCGCCCAGACAGCUUUUAACUAUACAUUCCAAGAACCCUGGGUCGGCACUCUGGAGCGGGACGACGUCUGGAGGUGGAUUGAUGACUUCUUGAUGCUGGGUCUUGGUAGUGUUUCAUUUCAGUCCUUCCACCAGAGGACGCUGUCUGCCUCCUCAUCGGUAACAGCUCAGAUGACCUGCUACGCUGCUGCAAUUGUCAUUGCCAUACUGGGAAUCCCCCCUGUCUUAGUUGGAGCUGUUGCCGCUUCCACAGACUGGAACCAGACACUCUACGGUUCUCCAGCUCCAUAUAUGCGAGAUGAGCAGAGUUUGGUCCUGCCUCUGACCUUACAAUACCUCACUCCUUCUUACAUUUCAAUCAUCGGAAUCGGAGCUGUGGCUGCUGCAGUUAUGUCAUCCAUGGACUCUGGCCUGUUGUCUGCAACCUCUGUUUUCUCUUCAAACAUCUACAAAAAUGUCCUGCGUAAAAAGGCAUCAGACCAUGAAAUGAAAUGGGUGAUGCGGAUCACAGUGGUCGUUGUGGGUCUGGCUGGGACUUCCAUAACAUUCUACACCAAGAGCACCCUGGUCCUCUGGAUUCUUGGAGCAGAUGUAUCCUAUACCCUUAUAUUCCCCCAUUUGGUCUCUGUGCUCUUCGUUAAAGUAACAAAUGGCUACGGUGCCACAGUGGGUUAUAUCGUAGGGCUGACUGUAAGGAUUUUGUUGGGAGAAAAUGCCGUAGGUCUUCCCGUCAUUCUUCAGCUUCCAGGUUGCACAUUGGAAGACGGCAUCUAUGUCCAGAAAUCACCUGUCAGGACAAUCUCCAUGGUCUGCACUUUGGUAACCAUCCUGGUUUUUUCCUUUCUGACUUUUUUCAUGUUCAACCAUGGCCUGUUGCCUGAGAGGUGGGAUGUUUUCAAAGUAAAACGUAAUGUGACUGUGUCACCAGCGGAUGCCGUCAAACAGAACCUCAAAGAGGAAGCUGGAGGUAAGACAGAAUGUGAUGAAACCAGACAAGGAGUUGCGUUACAGCCAAUGUUGCAGAAUGCUUUGUAACCAUGUGUUGCCAGCCUUCAUUCAAUUAUGAUCUUAACAAUUGUGUAUAGUUGUCUUAUUUUAACCUGCCUAAAAAAACUUCCAAUGGUUGCAAAUGAGGUAUUUCACAUUCCUUAACAUGUUUUUUUUCCUGUAUAUCAUGGAUAUAUACCACGUGUGUGCCUCUGUCUGUUGUAUAGUGUUUCUGAAAUUAUUUUAAAAUGGAGUCUUUGCUUUGGACUUAAUGAGAUCCAAAUAAACCCAUCAAUUAAUCAAACUACAACUACAUAGACACAGAAUAUGACAUGCAUAUGACUGCUCUAUGUGAAGUUUCUCUUGCUGAUAUUGACUGAUUUGGUCUAUGGCUUCAAACUGUGAUAUUCCAGUAUAAAGGAAAGCCACAAUAGGCUUAUGACUCAAUAGUAACUUUGUUCCUGACAUUUAUUCAACUGGUUUUCUGUGCUACUAAGUCUACCUACGUCUAUUUAAGUGGUCAUAUUCAUAACAUAUUUUCUGCACAGCUGGCAGUUUGUGGGUCAGAUCAUGUUCGGGUGGUUGACUGACACAUUUACUGACAUUUACUCAGCUGUUUCUGUUGUACUGGACGAACGGAUAAGACACAGUGUCAAUCAUUUAUCGGAAGUUUUGCCUUGUACGUCUACCUAAGCGAUCAUAUUCAUAACAUAUUUUGUGCACAGCUGGUAGUUUUUGGGUCAGGUCAGGUUCAGGUGGUUGACUGACACAUAUAUUUGCGGGUCUGUCGGUGAGGAUUGUCUUUCAUAAGGGAACAGGUGAUCCGCAGGUCACUACCAGACAAUUAGUAAUGCUGUUUUUAGAAAAAAGCUUUUUAUACUGUGAAAUAAAUUGAAAUAAUUAAAUUUUUCUUUACAAGCUGUUAGCUGGCUUUAGGUCAUCCUUGAAAUGUAGACAGUAUUAUGUUAGAAUUAAAUGUGUGAUAUCACCCUUUCCAAAUUGCUAAUAGGGUGUACCACAAGGCUCGAUACUGGGUCCUUUAAUCUUCUACUUGUAUAUAAAAGAUCUGCCUGAAAGCUGUCAAGAGGUUGGGUGUUGCUCAUGUAUGCAGGUAAAACGUUCAUUUAUGUAACUCCUGGAGUACUGCUAAUAGGCAGCUGGUCUGAGCCAAUGACUUUAAUAAUGUGAACACUGAAUAAAUUAUUAUUAUAUAUUAAUAAUAAUUAUUACAUACUGUACAUAAUUACACUCAUAGACACUAGGGGCUGGGUAUCCAAGUACCCUUAAAGUGAUAACGAUACCAAUGGAGUACUUUAUUCGAUAUCCAUAAUGUGAAUAGUAUACAUUGGUAUACUACAAUAUACAUACUUCAAAAAUACUUCACAACGUUUAGGUGGCUGAACUGCUAAGCACAGUAACUCAAAUUCACUGCAACGUCACCACCACAGACAGGUUGUAGCUGCUGUGGCAGUGGGCCAAUCACAUGUCGCAUUAAAUCAAAGAACGCUCAUGUUGAUUGGCUGCGAGCAAGUCCAUAUAAAUAGUCAAAAAGGAUCAAUUGCAGGUUUAGGUUCACGGGAGACGUUUCGAUACUACUUGGUAAUGAUUUAUUUCGGUUGAUACCUCAAAGGUAUCGAGUACUGAUACAGUGUAUUUGAACGUCUACACAUUCAUGUACAAAACACACAAUCAAAUGCAUAUAUAUAUAUACACGUGUACACAUUUGUGAGGCUGUUUUAAACCUACUGUAGAUUUAAGAGCUUAACCAGGGAGGGGUGCUGAAAAUUCCUUUUAACAAGACGCCCACAUGCAGUACAACUAUUGUAUUGCUUAUCAUUAUGUAACAAUGUCUGUAUGACCCAAAUAAAUAAAUAGGCUAAAUCUGGUCCUUUUGGUCAAAAUUCAUCAUUAUUUAAUUAUUUCCACAUCUCAUAUUCAUAAGUCUAAUUCUUCCAAAUUACACCUUCACCAGUUUUGUACUUGCUUUUAUUGUAAUUGUUUAGUUUUUGUAUUGGUGUGUUCGAUUUUGUUUUUGUCUUUUGUGUUUUUUUAGUUUUAGUAAUAAAUACACAUAAAGCUGG